AUGCGUAUCUUCGUCAUUCGCAAGCGUGUUGACAAGCGCUCCCAGCUAUGUCCAAGCAGCCAGCGCACUCUACAAUGUCUCGAGUCUUUUGUGUACAGCAUCCCGCUGAUCCACGGUGUGGGGGACCACGCAGCUUUCACCUUCUAUGCGGGAAUACCUUCAAUUCAGUUCACGUUUCGUCCCAAGGAGGCUCGACCAGAAGGCUGGUUUCCAGCCUAUCACACGGCGUACGACAACCGCGAACUCUUCGAGCGCUCGGUAGAUCCGCAGUUCGCACUCACGCUGCGCUGCAGCCAGGUGAACGCAGCACUCACGCUGCGGCUUGCCGAAGACGCAGUGUUGCCGUACCGGGUGACCGAAUUUGCCGACGAGCUCCGUUCCGCCGUCCGCGGAUUAGACCCGAGCAUGGUGGGUGAGAUGAGCAAGCACAACAUCUCGCUCGAUUGGCUGAUCAGCGAAGUGAACAAGUUUCAAAAGGCGACCCGGAAUUUCGAGUCUUGGUUGAACAAGCAAAAGAAAAUUGACAAAGCCACAAUGAGUGUGAUCAAUGAACGACUAAUGCUCAUCGAACGCGCCUUCAUCAACCGGGAGGGACUGCUGGGCAAGAUAAACGUCCGGAACAUGGCAUUCGGCGCCGAUCCUGAGGACGCGUUCGCUGGCAAGGCGUUCGCCUUCUUGCACGAGCACGUGUACCACGCCAAAAGACAACAAGACGCCGCUCAGGCGGCAAGAGCCUGGCAACAGGCCCACAUGGACCUGUCACGACUCGUGCUGGCCGUGCGCAUGGGCAAUCAGCUCCUCGACUUGACCAAGCCCAUCUGA